UUACUAUUUAAUGAUGGGAAGAGACAUAUUGACUACAUCUUAGCCUGGUCGAUUAAAGGAAAACAGAAGAAAGUAGAAGAGGGUAAAAAUGCUCGAAGUAUCUUUGAGAAGAAUUUAAGAAAAGAAGGUUUAGAAAUAGAGUAUGAUACAAAAGGUUCUGAAAUUCACUAUGCGAAGGUCCAUGCCCCAUACAAAGUAUUGAUAAGAUAUGCUGAUAUUUUGGCUAUAAGGAUGCCUAUGAAAGAGCAUCCUGGUACAUCAGUGGUUAUUCAAAUGUGUUAUAGAGUUUCUAACCUUGGCAAGACAUUCCUGAAACCAUUUCUACUGGACAGAGAUGCUGUCCCCAAGAUAAAGAGAAACUACACUUGUCCUUACAGCACAGAUAAAAAUUACUUGUUUGAAACAGAUGAAAAUGGUGAAUUAGAAUUCUCUAAUUCAGCAAGAAGUAGAAUUGUGGAUUAUAUUUUAAGAAGAAAAGCUUUUAAAGACGAUACAAAGAAAGCUUUUUCAUUUGGUGUUAAGAAAAUGAUCAAUGAUGAAUUUUAUUCUGCUGUUUAUCCUUUACAUGAGGGACAUUGGAAAAAAGGUUCUGCAAUGAAUGCCAGAAAACUGUUGUAUGAUUACUGGGCUCAUUGGAAAAAUAUGUUAAAAUUUCAACCACUAGAUCAUAUCAGACGUUAUUUUGGUGAGAAGAUAGGAAUGUAUUUUGCUUGGUUAGGUUUUUAUACUACUAUGUUGGUACCAGCAGCCAUAGUUGGGUUCCUUGUAUUUAUAUAUGGUUUAUUUAUUAUGCAUGCGAGUACAUCUAGCAAGGAGUUGUGUGAUCCAGCAAAUAAUAUGACCAUGUGUCCAUUGUGUGAUAAACAAUGUCCAUACUGGAAGAUACAUGAAGCUUGUUCUCAUCAGUCAGCUAGUAGAAUCUUUGAUAAUGAUGCCACAGUAUUCUUUGCUGUAUUCAUGUCCUUAUGGGGUACAUUAUUUCUGGAGUUUUGGAAGCGUAAAGAAGCUACUAUCCAGUACAAGUGGGAUUUAUCUAACUUUGUAUCAGAAGAGGAACCACCUCGUCCAGAAUAUCUCAGUAGAUUAGAAUCCUGGACAACUCUUAAAGUCAAUCCAGUUACUGGGAUAAAAGAACCAUAUUUACCAUUUUGGCGGAGGCGUUUUCCUGUAUUCUUGUGUUCAUAUGGUGUGAUGAUAUUUUUGGCAGCAGUAGCCAUAGGGGCAGUGGUAGGAGUUAUAGCCUACAGGGUAUCCAUGUUAGCAGCAUUACAUAUUUUACAAGAGAAGGUUAUAGUGGUGUAUCAAAAUGCUGGUUUAAUUACAACUAUUACAGCUGCCUUGAUUAAUUUAGUUAUUAUCUUAAUACUAAAUAUUGUCUAUGGUUAUCUUGCCUUCUGGUUAACAGAUUGGGAAUGUUUAAGAACACAAUCAGAAUAUGACAAUAGUAUUACUCUCAAAUUAUUCGCCCUCCAAUUUGUCAAUUACUUUGCUUCCAUUGUGUAUGUUGCCUUCUUCAAAGGAAGAUUUGUAGGCAGGCCUGGAGAUUAUAGUACCAUCUUUGGUGCUAGACAAGAAGAGUGUGAACCAGGAGGAUGUUUAAUUGAGUUAUGUAUACAGUUAGCUAUUAUUAUGGUUGGUAAACAGCUAAUACAGAAUAACUUUAUAGAAAUAGUUGUACCGAAAAUUAUAAAGAUGAUAAAGAAAAAGAUAUCCAAAGAAACAAGAGCCCAGAAAUUAGCCAAAACACCUUGGGAGAAAGAUUAUAAACUUGGUUCUGCUGAAAAUACAUCUCUGUUUUAUGAAUAUUUGGAAAUGGUUUUACAGUUUGGAUUUUUGACUAUAUUUUGUUCAGCCUUCCCCCUUGCUCCACUAUUUGCAUUAUUGAAUAAUGUGAUUGAAAUCCGAGUGGAUGCUAAUAAGUUAAUCACUGGAUUAAGACGUCCGAUGGCUGAAAGAGCUGCUGAUAUUGGUAUUUGGUAUAGUGUAUUGUAUGGCAUAUCUAGAAUAGCUGUGAUAUCUAAUGCGUUUAUUAUAUCUUUAACCUCAGACUUUAUACCAAGAUUAGUCUAUAAGAUGGCAUACAGUGAAAAUAAAACAUCUCAAGGCUAUCUAAACCAUAGUUUAGCCAUUUUUAAUACCAGCCACUUUUCAAUGAGUCACAUGCCUGAUCCAGCAUUUGGACAUGUUGAGUUGUGCAGAUAUAGAGAUUUCCGUAAUCCACCAGACCAUAAAGACGCUUAUGCGUUCUCUGAUGUUUUCUGGCAUAAUCUUGCUGCCAGAUUAGCAUUUGUUGUUGUUUUUGAGAAUGUGGUGAUUGUUGUGACCAGCCUUAUUGCAUGGAUGAUACCUGAUGUGCCUACUAUACUAAAGGAACAAAUCCGUCGAGAAGCCUAUAUAACAAAUGAAGUAGUAUUGAAAACGGAGUUGUUACGAGCUCGUGGUGAGACUAUUGAUGCAGAGAAGAUGGAAGUAAUAUCAGAUGAAGAGGCUAACAGUUAUGAAACAAGUAAUAUGAGUCCAAGGAGACGUGAUUUGUCUGAUAUUUAG